AUGGUUGAACUUAAGUACAAAGGAUUUUAUGCGUACAACCCUGAUCAAGCCGCUGCAAUCGCAUUUGCUGUUCUCUUUGGGAUUUUAACCCUUUCUGCGUCAGUGCAAAUUAUAAAGGUAGCACAUACGAGCAAGAAACGUAUCAGCACUUGGAAGUCCGCUGAGUUAUCGGAGGAAUAUUCGACAUUAAGAUACUAUUCCGAUGCCAAGUUGAGGUGGACACACUUUCCUUUCAUUCUAGGGAUUGUUUUAGAGCUCGUAGGUUACGUGCUAAGGGCGAUCACCAUUAACAAACCCGCGAUUUCAACUUUCAUUGCACAGUCAGUGCUUGUAUUGAUAGCACCUUCACUUUAUUCUGCUAGUAUUUUUAUGUUAUUCAGCAAAAUGGCACAUCUCGCGUUUAUGGAAAGAUACAUGGUAGUUCCUGCAAAAUAUAGUACGCUUUCCUUUCUAGUGGGUGACAUGAUUGGACGUAUCCUGCAAGCUGCGGGAGGUGGACUGUUAUCCUCAGUGAGCAGCAGGAACACCGGCCGUAUCUUGAUUAUCGUGGGCCUAUUUAUCCAGAUAUUCUUUUAUGGUGUUUUAAUGUUCGACCAGAUUUUCUUCCAUUAUAAGAUGAAGACAACGCCCAGUAAAAUUCUUCGGAAUACUAAUGGCUGGUUCCAAUUCAAUUAUAUACUUUUAAAUGGAAACAUCCUUAUUAUUGCUAGAUCUAUUAUAAGAGUAAUAGAAUUCAUUAUGGGCUUACAAAGUUAUAUAAGUCGACACGAAUGGUGCCUUUACGUUUUCGAUACAGUCCCAAUGUUUUUACUACCUUUAGUAUUCCUAGUCUGUUUCCGUGCAGGAAGUGUUUUCAAACUGCAGGAAAAGUCAGUUGGCGCUCAAUUGCCCCAGAUAUUAGAUACAGACAUACCUUUGUCCGAAUACCAAGCGGCAAUAAACCCGUCAGAUAAAUAA